AUGGCUUCAAUCGCCCACCCGCAGUCUUCGGCGUCGCCCGAUAAUGACUCGUCUAAUGCCGCCUCCUCCGGCGCUCCCAUGCCGCCGCGCCAGAAUGGCAUGGCUACCAUCCCGUUUGACCGCCCCGUCGCCCUCACGGCGUCGGGUGCCCCGCUGCUGAACCCAAGGAGCUGCGUUACUUGUCGCCGGCGCAGGGUCCGCUGCGACAAGAUGAUGCCUUGCAGUAACUGUCGCCGCGCACAAAGCGAUUGCAUGUAUCCAGCGCCAGGUCGCGCACCGCGUCAGACGAGGCCUAAUGUACCCUCCAAGGCUGUGCCUACUGAACGAGAGGCCGAUCUCAUCAAGCGUCUUCGGAAACUCGAAGGUCUCGUCCAGGAACUGAGCGGCAGCAGCGCGGGCGCGUAUGAUGCGGAAUCGCCCAAGGCACAAGAAGAUCACACUACCUCUCAAUCCGACAUUGUGAAAGAGACAGCCGAUGAAGUCAAGCGAGAGACAGAGAGUCGCAAUUUCACAAACAUGAACAAGCAGCUUGGUCGAUUAAUCCUUCACGACGGAGAACCGACUGCGCGAUAUGUCAACAGCGGCUUCUUUGCCAAGCUGAAUGACGAGCUUGACGAGCUUCGCAAUGAGAUGGAGGCUGUGGACGACCUGGACGAUUUUCAAGACGACACGACACCUGAGCAGUCGCCUCCGCAGAAUUUCGCUGCCGACUCUGACCAUCAUAGCUUUCUCUUGGGUUAUCGCUCUGCAGACGUCGACCUGGCUGGUCUUCAUCCAUUGCCAGCGCAGACGUCUUUCCUCUGGCAGAUUUACCUUGAGAACAUUGAGCCAUUGGUCAAGGUACUGCACAUCCCAACCAUGAGCAGGCUCAUGACCAAGGUGAGACGUGGAGAGCAUGACCUUCGUCCUGGUGAUGAAGCCCUCGUCUUUGCCAUUUACUACUCAGCCGUCGUCUCAAUGGAAUCAGACGAGGCCCAAACCAACCUCGGAGCUUCAAAGACCCACUACAUUGCUCAGUUCCGCUUCGCCCUCGAGCAAGCCCUUGCAAAAGCCAACCUCCUCACCACGUCCGACAUGGCUGUCCUCCAGGCCUUUGCCAUCUUCCUCACCGUCGUCAAGUGCCACGAUGACAGCCGUUUAUGCUGGACCCUCACCAGCCUCUGCGUUCGCAUGGCCCAGGCCCUCGGCCUCCACCGUGACGGACAGCAACUUGGCCUUCCGCCCUUUGAGGUUGAGAUGCGACGUCGGCUUUGGUGGGCUGUCGUGGCGAUUGAUCUGCGUUCUGCUGAGGAGAUGGGCUCUGAUCUUAUUGUUAAUGACAAAAACUUUGACACGCAGUUGCCUACCAAUAUUAACGACACCGAUAUCGACCCGUCUUUCACCGAGAUGCCCACGCCUCGUCAGGGUCGGACUGACACGGCCAUCUGUCUCGUGCGAUAUGAGAUUAUCGCUCUUUCUCGUCGCUUAUUCACAGCAAUGACGCAAAUGCGACCAGUCGAUCCUAAGAAUGUUGAAAAGAGUCUCGAGGACCGUGAGCGAAUGCUUGUCGAGGUCUACGAUCGCAUGGAGGACAAGUUCCUGAAGCACGUCGUCAUGGAUGAAGAUCCUGUCUUUUGGAUGGCUUCCCUCAUUUCGCGGGUUAUCAUGGCCAAAAUCGGUCUCAUCAUUUACCAGCCCGUGCUGUUCCCAGGCACUGGACCCGAAGCUUCGCAGGAGAUUCGAAGUCGACUCUGGAUGUCGACGAUUGAGAUUGUCGAGUACAACCACAUCCUCAACGUCGACCCGCGAUGUCGGCAAUGGCGCUGGCUCUUCCAAUCCUACAGACAAUGGCAUGCCAUCGCAUACAUGCUCCUCGAACUGUCAAGACGGCCAUGGAGUGUCACGUCGGAGCGAGCCUGGGAAGCCGCCCAGAUCUUGCAGUACGACCAUCCCAUUGAGGGCACCAACAACGCAGAACACACCGCGGCAUGGAUGCCCAUCAAGAGGCUCUAUGCCAAGGCUAAAAAGCAUCGUGAAGCUGAAAUGAUACGGCUGCGAGCUGACCCGGCCGCUGCAAGACAGCUCGACAUUGAAGAUCGGUUGAAACCAGUGCUUGAGCGCAUUGGUCCAGCGCCGGGUAUGGAGACUCGCAUGUCGGAACUGAGACUUCGAUGGCGAAAGCUUUUCCGAUCAGGAGACUUUGUCUAUAAUUCGGAGUAUCCUACGAGCAUCAUGCUGGAGCAACCGCAGGGAGCCGGUCCUCAGCCUACUCCUCAAUCAAGAACUGUCCAGGUACAGGAACCAGAGCCCCCCAAACAGAAUGCCGAGGCCACGAAUAAUGCGUUGUCUGACGCCAACCUCAAUCAAGUAUGGCAGAACGUUCACUCUGGCAAUCCAGGCAUAGCAGUGUACUUUGAAGGAGGCACCAUGGAGGCUUCCAAUCCAGGCGGUCUCUUCCCAGGUGGGGGCAGUCUCGGGAGCAUGUCAAGCAUCGCAUCACCCGCUGCAUCAGGCGCAGCAACAUCAACAUAUCACGACCAUGACCCUCAGCAGUAUCCGGAUAACCACCUCUCGCCAUGGCCGGGACAAGAUGGCUUUCAACACAAUCACAACGGCGGUCUCGGCGACAUAGACGACCUCUUCCAGCACGGUGCACUAAACCCUAAUGGCUUAUCGUCAGUGACACAAGGCAUGGAUCUGAGCGUGGAACUCGGCGAGGUGGAGGAUAUCGAUUGGAAUAAUUGGGAUGAGACUCUGAAGCUGCUGAGCAAACCAGCGAUGAGUGGUGGGACGGGUAGUUGGGGAGGCAUGUGA